AGAUACAAAUACGUAAUUAAGUGACCACGUGGAAAAAGUCUGCCAUGACAUUUUUGUUGUCUUUUCUAACCUUUUAUGUUUUUAUUUGGACAUACGUACAAUGUAGGCCAUGCAGGACAAGUACACACAUACUUGCCAGUGCGAAGUUCAGAAUUCAUCAAACAGAAGAACUAGAAGAAACAUCAGGAGGGAUCAAACUUAUCAGAGUUUUCAAUUGGACAGUAACUGGCAUAAAAGACUCCGAUUACGAUGGAAUUGUUGUUAGAUUGCAGCGGCCAAUGGCUCGUGGUGGAUCAAAAUUUAUUCCGCCAUAUCAAGACUGUCAGGCGAGCUCAACUGACCUGUGGAUCAGAUCAUCAAACGACACUUUGUGUGGUUUCGGAGAUAAUAUCACAAAAACAGAUUGUAACUAUAUUUCGGCAAAAACACUAGGCGAGGAAUUUUAUUGUGCAGUCGAUAAAUAUUCGGAUGCUUCUUAUGAUGGAUUGCCUUACAAAUGUAGUGGAAGCACGGAUAUGAUUUCAACGAAAUAUCAAGGGACUGGGAAUUAUUACUCUUUACCGAACGAUCGUAAAAGUAUCAAGUAUGAAACGGAAUUCAACAAAAAUUAUUUGCUAUUAAUCUAUGCUUAUAAAAGACAAUUUCUGAGCUAUCGAGAAACAGCAACUGUGAAAGCAAAUUGGUUUUGUGCAGAAACUGUCGCAAAAGUUAAGAAAAUUGACGUUUUAGAUGCAGGUCAAAAGUGUUGCGAAUGGAACGUAUCUUCGAUGGCGCCAACUGAUUUCCAAAUGGGAGAAUUCAUUUUGGACGAAAUGAGUCAAACCUUAAACGUGACCGUUUCAUGGAUUCCUCCAACUCCUGACAAAUCUUUGCUUGAUGUAUUUCGACUCAUCAGAUUCAACCAGAGACCAAUAGAGGGAUACAAUCCUCAAAUGACAGAACAAGUAACUGAAGGAGAAAUCGAAGGUAACGGAUCUUGUUCCCGUGAUAAUAGAAGGCACGUUUCGACCAUUUAUAAUCUACUACCAAAUGUAAGAUACUUCAUGAUGGCAGCAGCGUAUUAUAGCGGAGAGAAUGGGAAAAAGUGUGGAAUGGGUUCUUGUGGCGUAUCGAAGAAUUUCGUUCCAGAAUUCAACCCGUGUGAUGAAAAGUGGACAAAGUGCGAUGCCGAUUCCAAAUGUACUAUUAUUAACGUGGUUGACGAAGUAGUUGUUCCAGAGACCGUUUGCGUUCCCAAGGAAAGUUCUGAUUACGACAUGCCGUCAUCGACGCAGAAAACCACGGGAGCGGUGUUGGCAGCAAAACAAAUUCAAAAGAUUCAUAAAGUCACAAAACUACCAAUCACAGAAGUCACAGUGAAUACAUCACCACAGACAGAUACAAAUCUAAAUUCCGAAAGCACCGUCACUGCAGACAAUUCUUCUACGAGGUUGGAUAGACACGAGAAAUUUCUCCAAGGAAAACUAUGUCAACAAAAUCCGUACUAUUGUGAAGAGAAUGCUUUCUGUGUUUCUGAUGAAAAAACCAACGCCAUGACAUGUUCAUGUUCAAGUGGAUUAGUAGGGAACGGAAUAAGCCGGGCAUAUAACGGGACCGGUUGUUCUGGUUGUCCAAUUAUAAGCGACUGUGAUUUCAUGGCAAAUUGUGUUUCGUUUGAAAACCCUUCUGAUGGAUUCAAGUGUCAAUGUGAUGAACAUCACUACGGCGACGGGCUAAAAAGCGGUACCGGAUGUAGAUCUCGCCCAAAACGAACAGCAACAAUAGUUGUACCCGUCGUUCUGCUCGGCCUCAUCAUUUUUGCAAUUAUUCUGUGGUGUUUGUGUUUUUCUUCUCGCAAGAAAAGCAGAAGAAGCAACAAUAUAGCACUCUAACUUAUGUUGUUUAAUUUGUAAACAAGCAUUUGAAAACUUAAAAAGUUAACGUUUUAUUGAUGCUUCUAACACUUUGAAGUAUGAAUAUGUAUCGAUUUGUAAUCUUAUAAUAACAAUUUGUGUGGAGAUCGAACAAUAUGUUGACCCUCUUUUAAUUAACGUUUUUACAAAUGAGAAACUUUACUUUGAGAAGCAUAUGCAAGAACAGUUAUUUCAUUCACUAUUCUGUACAUUUUAUUACAUUUUAUGUAUUUUUUUUUGCAUCGCGAUGACCCCCAAUGCCAUAUUCUUCAUUUUUUAUGCUAACACCUGCGUUAUAUGCAGUUUAUAUAAAGCACUUUCAAAUUGAGAAAAAUAUUCCAAAUAAGACAUUAUGGUCAAGGCCGGUGGCCGCUGUGGACCAAAUACUUCCAUAGGACCCGCGCUAAUUGUAGGUUUACCAAAUUAAUAAAUUUCACCAUUAUAAAUUACAAUAAACAUGUAUAUUGUGUGUUCUUAUUCUGCACACACAAAGUUAUUUUUAUUGUAAUUUUAAACUCAGUUAAAAAAUACUAAAAUAUAAUUAUAAUUUACUCUCUAAUACGAAAUUCUGAAUUUUAAUUAUUAUUCUUAUAAUUCCUGCCUGGGCCCCGCGCAAUACGUUUGCCACAGGGUUUUUAUUUCCUUUUUUGAAGGCGUAUUCCUUCUAAAAAUACUACAAUUGUUGCUUGUUAACGUUUGCUUUACAAGUAUAUGCAUGGUAAUUUUAUGAUUUUUCAAUUGAAUUAGAAAACCAUUUGACCAAGUAUAAAAUACGUGACUCGAUUUUAUCAUAAAACUGUUACUUGAAGUUUCAUUUUCUGAAUAGAUGUUCAAAAUUAAGAUGAUGUUGUUUUCUACAGAGAGUUUGUACAGCCGGCAGAUGUCGCUCGUGGUAUGUUGAGGUUUCACUUUUUCGCAAGUAGGCGAAGUAGACUAUCCCUAUGUCGAUUUUGAUUUUUUGUAUCGAAAUGGAAAAAUCAGUUUGCUCAACAAUAACAUUCAUUGAAGAAACAUAUCCAAGCAUUAAACAAAGCAUAUGAAUCAGUAAAUCACUGUGCCGAGUUUUGACUGUUGUAAGCGUCAUGAAUGAAAUAUAUAUAUAUAUAAAUAAAACAAAAACAUUUCAUCUAUAAAUGUAUUGGUCGUUGUAUUUAGAAGAGACUUAUGCAGUCGCAUAAACUUUGCCAGCAGUACCAGGUAUUCAGAUCAUGCCGGUGAGUGAAUAAUUUUUACUGGUUAUUAAGGUAUUGAAAAA